GAGCCCAACCCCAGCCGCUCUUCCUCCUCCCGGCAAACCGGCUCGCGGGAAGCAGCAGAAGCGGCCGGACUCCUCUUCCUCCUUUCCGCCCGGCGCCUUUGCAGCAAGCGGGGCAGGGUAGGCUCGCCAGCGACCCCCCCUUCCUCGCCUCGGCUGCCCCCCCCACCCCGUUUCCCGGCCCUCGCCUUGCAAGCAACUCCCCCUCCAGCUGCUGUUGCAAGCGGGGGGUCUCCGCCGCCGGGGCUGCUGCUUUUUUGGGGGUGGGGGUCCCUCCUCUUUUUUUUGCAAACGUCCCCCCCCCUUUUUGCAUCCUUUCCCUCCCGCUCCCCCACUCCUCUCCCCGGGCGGGAGAAGCGGGCGGGCGCGCGCUCCCGCUUUGCGCGCCCCCGGCGCCCGAGCCCGGCUGGCGGAGGAGCAGCUGCAGCCGGAGAUGCGAAGGGCGCGGAGCUGAUGGAGGCGCCCCGGCUGCGCCCCCCAAAAGAGCGGCGAAGGCGGGGGCGAAGGAGGAGGAGGAGGAGGAGGAGAAGGCGGCGCGGGGAGCUCGUCGGGCCGGGGGCUUCUUGGACAGGGCCCCGCUCGGCCGCCCCCGCUGGGGGAGGAGGAGGAGGAGGAGGAAGAAGUGGAGGAGGAGGAGGGAGGGGGCUGGAGACACGCGACCCUCGCCCGCUUCUCCGACGGCCAUGGAGCUCCGCAGCCUAGCCGACCCGGGGGCCUCGACGGCGCGGGAGGCGAGGCUGAGUCUGGAGCCCCUGGAGGCCGAAGGUCUCCCCCGGCGACCCCCGUCCCCGCCGCCUCUGCCCGGUCCGGAGCUGCCGAGGUUCCGCUUGGCAGGGAGCCCCGUCGGGGGAAGCAGCUCCGCCAGCACCGCCGCCGCCGCCGCCGGGAUGCUGCCGGACGCGACGCCGCCUCCCUCCCUGGAGCAAGUGCUGCGCGGGAUGGCCGAGCGGGGUCCCCGCCGAGCCUCCUCUUCUUCCCCCUCCUCCCCCUCCUCCUCUUCCGUCGGAGGUUGUCUGCCCGGUCCGGGGGCUCGGGGACCCGACGGUCCAAUCAGGUGCGAGGAAAGCGACUCAGGUGCGGGAGAUCGCCUGCAAGACGCCGCCGGGCCGAUCCAGGAGCCGGAGGAAAGGGAGCCCUGGAGCUGUUUAGCAGAACCUCCCCUUGCUCCGGAUUUACGGCUGGAGGCAGCAACGACCCCAGGAGAGUUGGACCAGGCGGAGGAGCCUUUCUGCCCCAUUUCGGGGAUCCCCCCAGGGUCGUUCCUGGAUCUCGCAGCCCCUCCGGAAAAGGAAUCCUACAGCCCUGAGCUCUUGCUGGAUUGCUCCUGGACGGAGGAGAUGGAGGACUGCACGGACUCUCACCCUGGCCGGGGUCCCCCCUUGUUGAGACCCUUAAUGGGGACCCCCCCAAGUACAUUGCUCCCUCCUCUCCGGUCUUCCAACGACCUUGCUCCCCACUUACCUUUGGGGCAGCAGGCCCAACACCUGGAGGAAGAGCUACCUGGCUGUUUGGAAGAUGCUCCUCAGCUCCAAACCGUCUUCCGAGCUCUGGACCAGGACGAUGAUGGAUUUGUCCGGAUAGAAGAGUUUGUGCAGUUUGCCACUGUCUACGGAGCGGAGCAGGUGAAGGAUUUGAUCAAGUUCUUGGACCCUAUUGGGCUCGGUGUGAUCAGCUUCGAAGACUUCUGCCGGGGGAUUUCAGCAAUCAGAAACGGAGAUCCAGACAGUCAGCUCUGCCCCUUGGGGUACACUCCUGAUGAGACGCCUCCUGCCUGCGCUGAUGAAUUUGAUGACUUCGUUGCAUACGAGGCCAAUGAGGUGACCGACAGUGCGUAUAUGGGCUCAGAGAGCACCUACAGCGAGUGCGAGACCUUCACGGAUGAGGACACCAGCACGCUGGUCCAUCAUGAGAUGCACGACGAAGUCGAGACGGACAGUGCGGUCGAUUCCACGGUGCAUUCGGAAAUCAUGGAGCCGGAGGAAACGGAGAAUGGAUCCCACCCUCAUGACUUGUCCUUGACCACCGAUGUCAACAGCCACUCUAUCGUCACUGUAAUCAGUGGAGAGGAGCAUUUUGAGGACUACGGAGAAGGGAAUGAGGGGGACGUUUUCUCGGACAGCUUGUGCAAUGGAGAAAGUGGCUUCAGUAGCUCGUCUUUCCUUUCUCCCAGCACCAACCCGCUUGCCACGAAACUGCACAGCAUUAUCACUGAGGAGGUGUUUGAGUUUUACUGUAGCCAGUGCCAUAAACAGAUCAACCGCCUGGAAGAUCUUUCCGCCCGCCUCAGUGAUCUUGAAAUGAAUAGCCCGAAUAAGAGACUGUCCAGCAAAAAGGUAGCAAGACACCUGCAUCAGACGGGAAGCUUCUCGAUGGAUAAUAUAGAACAACCUUUCCAGAAGAGUUCUGAGUGCCUGGAGGAGGACAUCACUGAUAAGGUGAUCUUCUUGGAGAAAAGAGUGACAGAGUUGGAAAAGGACACAGCAGCAAACGGGGAGCAGCAGAGCCGGCUAAAACAGGAAAACCUUCAGCUGGUGCACAGGGCAAAUGCCUUGGAAGAGCAGCUGAAAGAGCAAGAGAUGAAAUCAGAUGAAAUCCUUAUAGAUGAAAUCCGGAAACAGAGAGACCUGCUCAGCAGGAUGGAACGAGAAAAAAGCAUGGAGAUUGAAAACCUUCAAGCCCGGUUGCAUCAAUUGGACAAUGAAAACGGAGAACUUCGGUCCUGCGUCCCCUGCCUCAAGGCCAAUAUUGAGAGGCUAGAGGAGGAGAAGCAGAAGUUGCUGGACGAAAUUGAAGAUCUCGCUGUCCAACUCACAGAAGAGCGGGAGAACAAGAGAAAGCUGGGGGAGAAGUUGAACCACGAGAGACAUCAGUUCCAGAAAGAUAAAGAGUCCAGGCAAGAGCUGAUUGAGGACCUCAGGAAACAGCUGGAACACCUGCAGGUCUUCAAGCUAGAAGCCGAGCAGCGGAGAGGCCGGAGCAGCAGCAUCGGCCUGCAGGAAUACAAUAGCCGGACGCGAGAGAAUGAACUGGAACAAGAGAUCAGACGGCUCAAGCAGGACAACCGAAACUUGAAGGAGCAGAACGAUGAGCUGAAUGGGCAGAUCAUAAACCUCAGUAUUCAAGGUGCCAAGAAUCUCUUCUCUGCUUCCUUCUCUGAAUCUCUGGCUGCGGAAAUCAGCUUGGUCUCCAGAGAUGAGCUGAUGGAGGCAAUCCAGAAGCAAGAAGAGAUCAACUUCCGACUCCAAGACUACAUUGACCGAAUCAUUGUGGCCAUCAUGGAAACCAACCCAUCCAUCCUGGAAGUCAAGUAGGAGACUUAAGAGUUGAGAGCGACAUAAACCGAGUGUCAUGUGGGUGUGGCGGAUUGGCUACUUGGAAGAAAGAAAUACUGGCCAAGUCUUCACUCUAUGGAGAAGGCACAGGAAGCCUCAUGUUGGAGUGGUUGGGUGGCAGAUUGCAGUGAACUUGGGGUGGAGAAGAGAGAGAGAGAGAAAGAGAGAGAGAGAGAGGACCAGCCAUUAAGUAAGGCCGUCCUGAUUCUAAUGGGUUCUGGAACCCUCUGGCUUGUGGGAACAGGGCUGGGGGUGGCGAAAAGGAUUUGGAAAAAAGAAAGUCACAGAAACAAGGGGUGAGGGUGGGGGUGAACGUACACACCUGCCCUCUUUUGCAGGAAUGGAGCAGAAUCUGGGUGGCCCCUUGAAAUAGCCUUCUUGGAAACCACUCUUGUCCACAAGCAACAGAAGCAGGCUUGUGCUGCACGGGAGGGAGCUGGAUCCCUCGGCACCUGGAAGUUGUAGCACAGCAGUCAAAGGAAGACUCUCUCAGGUGCCUUCCUGGACCUGCCUUCCCUGCCUCUCUGGUUUAAGCAUCUCUCCUUGAUCAUCAGCCCUCCGAUCGCCCUCCUUUUUGAAGCUGCCUGGGUUGUUUGGCCAGUGGAAAGGAAAACUCCAUCUGGGGUCUGUGUCUCUUGCGCCGUUUCUCACAAGGCACAGCGUGUUUCGGAGCCCCUGUUUUUUGGGGGGGCCGUCUGCCUUAAAACUCAGGAGUUGCAGGUGCUCCAGGGAACGGAGCCUUCUGCAGAAAGGUGGGCUGAUGUAAAAGAAAAAAAAAAAGGAGAUCCAAACCAGGCGUAGUCUUCUGGGUGAUCGGGUGGGUGGCUGACCUGGUCAAUGAAGUUGGUUGUUCGGGGGCCGGCUGGCGAUGGCUGUGCUGAAGGAGGAGGAGGAGGAAGCUCAGCUGAUGAUAACUGAAUGUGGAAGCAGAGCGAAUCCUUUAUCCCUCUUUGCCGCAACGGUUCCUUCCAUGCUUCACCUCACACCCUUUUUCGUUUGGUGUUUUUCACUAGUUAAACCACUUUAAGGCAAGAAUGGCAACAGAUGUGUCGGUUCCGUAAUAAAAACGGGGAAGGAGGGAAGGGGAGACAUCACAGACCGGAAGGACUGAGUUGUUCUCUUUGCUGGCACCCAACACAUCACAUUGCUUAGAAGGACCUGUUCAAACUCUAGUAGGACGUUGAAUUAUUCCUUUGGCUUUGCAUCUAGUCCUUUGGGAAGGUGCCGAAACAGAUAUUGCAGAAAACUCCUCUGCUCUUCUCCCUUCUCCUUGGGUCGAAGUAGAUUUGUAUUAUCGAUGGGAGUCUGAUAAACAAGCCAUUGGGGACAAGUCAACUUUCCCUCCAACAUAAAUUUUAGGGGAGAAGAUGAAUUUUGCCCGUACCUAGAAAGCAGGCUAUUUCCCCUGGAAAAAAAAAGAAAAAAAAUUCAAUGUGUUUUAAAUCUGCCUUUUGAGAUGUGUGUUUUAAAAGAGGCUUGCUUCUUGGUGUUCUUUAUUUUUUUUUUAAAUGCCACUAUUUGGAAUUUGAAAGUAGCAUCUUAUACCUCUCACGAGCGAAUCCUGCUUCACUGAUGCUUUAUUUUAGAGAGAACCUUCAGGAACCCACAGAGGGUGAGGUUGUACAUUUCUACACAUGCCUUCUCUGUAUCUCCACCACUGUCCACCUCUCUAAGGCACACACAGAACAGUUGUGCAACUUGGGCACACAAGGCAUGGGGCAACCAGACUAGUGUCUGUGUGACCCACAUAUGCAGAUCAUUUUCCUGGGGUGCAAGACAUUGCGCCGAGAGUUGGUAUAUGCUCAUCAUCAAGCCAUUCGAGCUUUUGAAUCCCUUCAUGUAUGGUGAAAGCGACAUGAUGCUAGUUUGAAAAUGCUAGUUCCAGGCUUUUGCUUUCUCACGUCGACCCAACUGUUGGGCCACUGGAAUACUUUGCAAUUCCUUGAACCAGGACACUGGAAUUAAAAAAACAACAACAGUAGAUUUCCCCUAUUAAUGGUUUUCAACUGGCUUGAACGUGGAGGUGAAAUGGUCAGAGAAACGCAGAAAUGGUGUUCCACUGGAGAGUGAUUCUCAAACCCCAAACAUUCUUACAUACUUACUAAUGUCCUGUAUUUCUCUGUGCCCCAGAAAAAAAAGUCUGCAGGAAGAAUCCACAUACUGUACAUUUCCAGAAGAAACUUUGGGUGUAAAUCAGUGUAUACUUGGGGAGAAAGAUUUUCUUUUUCUUUUUCUACCUUGUAGAGUUAGGUAUUUUUUAUAGAAUGGAGCCGAUCAAUUUUUAAUACUUCAGAGAGCAAUGUAUCUGUGGAAACACACAAAUCUAUAUAUAUAUAUAUGUAUGUAUUGUAUAAUGUACAAAUCUAUAAAUAAUAAAUACUAGCUGACUCUUGUCUAAUUAAAAGCUGUUACUAUCUCUGGCUGGA